AAGUGCUGUGUGGAGGCGCGAGCCCGGCAGGCUUCGGCCUUUGAUGGAAGAGGAGGAGCCCGGCCUCAGGCGGGGUCAUGGGUAGUAGGAUCGAAUGCGUGUUUUUCAGCGAGUUUCACCCGACCCUCGGUCCGAAAAUCACCUUCCAGGUACCUGAGGAGUAUAUCUCAAGAGAAUUAUUUGAUACAGUCCAAGUCUACAUCAUAACAAAGCCAGAGUUACAGAACAAACUCAUUACUGUUACUGCAAUGGACAAGAAGCUGAUUGGCUGCCCUGUAUGCAUAGAACAUAAGAAAUAUGUGAGGAAUGCACUGCUCUUCAAUUUGGGCUUUGUUUGUGAUGCGAAAGCCAAGACCUGCUCCUUGGAGCCAAUUGUUAAAAAACUGGCAGGAUAUCUCACUACACUGGAGCUUGAAAGUGGUUUCAUCUCUAAUGAUGACAGCAAGCAGAAACUGGUCCCACUGAUGACCAUCAUUCUGGAGGAUUUGAAUGCCCGUGGAGAGUGUUCUCUGCCAAUAGAUGAAUCCAAUACCAUUCACCUAAAGGUAAUUGCACAGCGGAGAGACCAGCCUGUGGUACAGGAGUAUGAUGUGCCAGUGUUCACUGAGUGUAAAGAAGAUUUUAUCAAAAUUCACUGGGACCUCACAACACAGCAGAUUCUACCAUACAUCGACGGAUUCCGUCAUAUCCAGAAGAUCUCAGCAGAAGCAGAUGUGGAAUUGAACCUGGUGCGGAUUGCAGUGCAGAAUUUAUUGUACUAUGGAGUUGUGACUUUAAUUCCAAUAUUCCAGUAUUCGAAUGUGUACUGCCCUACCCCCAGGGUGCAAGAUCUUGUGGAUGACAAGUCCUUGCAGGAGGAGUGUUUGGCAUUUGUUACAAAGCCAGGACACAAGCGUGCCAAUCUACGAGAUGUCUUCCAGUUGUACUGUGGUCUCAGCCCUGGCACCACAGCUCGUGAUCUCUGCUCCCGCUACGCUCAGCAACUUCAGCACGUGGAUGAAAGAAAGCUGAUUCAGUUUGGCCUAAUGAAAGGACUGAUUCGCAGGCUGCACAAGUACCCAGUCAAGGUGAAUUGUGAUGAAAGGAACCGAUCACCACGUCUCUAUACCGGUUCACAUAGCUACGAUGAGAUCUGCUGCAAAACAGGAAUUAGUUACAAGGAAUUGGACGAGAGGCUGGAGAAUGACUCGAAUAUCAUUGUGUGCUGGAAGUGAGAGUGCACCUGGUGUUGAACUGUGCAGUUUUGCAUAAAGAUGAUCAGGAGACUCCAAACCAAAAGAUGGCUUUGUAAAAGAAAUGUGAGAAAACAACUGAAAAUGCUGACCUGAAGUGGGUCAGCUCUGAUGGCCUGCAGGACUGGUAAAAUCUCCUGGCCUGCUCUCCGAAUUUAAAACUAAGCAAAGAAGUGUGCAAUACAAUUUCCCCUUUAAUAGAUUCUGACUCAUAGAAGUGACGACACCUCUUAAACUUGCAUAGGUGUAGUUUUUGCAUUCAGCUAUUAUGUGCUGUAUGUGUGCAUCUUUUCAUAAAUAUGGAAUUACCAUUCUGGCCCGUGUAAAUCUCCCAUUGUUUACAAUCCAUUUUCUGGUAAUUAUUCCCUCAACUGUUACUUUGCUCGCUGUUCUGUGCUGUGCUGAUGGUCUCAGCUAGGACACCAGAUAAGAUGGAGUCUCUGACUUUGGUGGAAUCGCCACUUCUAACGGACCUGCAGCACCUAUGGAUAGGAUCAAGUCGCUGGUCACAUUCUCAAUGUUGAAUUUCUUGCCAUCACUGAAAAAUGAGCACAUGAAUGUUUACUAUGGGUGUUCAGCAUAUUUUGAACCAAACAACUCACAGUGACUUGUAGGUGAAUGGAAAUGUAUAAACCUGUACAAAUUCUUGUAAUUGAUUCAGAUAAAUGUAAUUAUAAAAUGGUAACUAAGGUUGUUUGUGAAAUUACAGUAAUCAUUGUACCUUAACAGUGAUGUCAGUAAUCAUUACUGUAUUAAUAAGGCCAUAAUAAAUAGGAGGAGUACGCUAUGUAGCCCAUUGAGCCUGUCCUGCCGUUCAAUACAAUCAUGGCUGAUCUGGUCAUGGAUUCAGUUCCAUCUACCAGCCUUGUCCCCAUUUCCCCUAAAAAGAGGUCGCCUCUACUGCUUCCCUGGGCAGAGAAUUCCACAGAUUCACUACUCUCUGGGAAUAGCAGUUUCUCCUCAUCUCCAUCCUAAAUCUAAUCUCCUGAAUCUUGAGGUUAUGGCCCCUGAUUCUAGUCACAGCUACAAGUGGAAACAACUUGCCUGCCUCUAUCUUAUCUAUCCGUUUCAUAAUUUUAUAUGUUUCUAUAGAUCGCCUCUCAUUCUUCUAAAUUCUAACAAAUAUAGUCACAAGCAACUCAGUCUCUCCUUCAUCUCCAGAACCAACCUGGUGAACCUCCUCAGCACCGCCUCCUAAGCCAAUAUAUCUUUCCUCAAGUGAGGAGACCAGAACUGUAUACAGUACCCCAGGUGUGGCCUCACCAGUACCCAGUACAGUUGCAGUAUAAGUUUGCUGCUCUUAAAUUCAAUCCCUCUAGCAAUGAAGGGCAACAAUCCAUUUGCCUUCUUGAUAAUGUGUUGCACCUGCAAACCAACCUUUUGCAAUUCAUGCAAUUCAAGUCCCUCUGUUCAACAGCAUUCUGCAAUUUUUCACCAUUUAAAUCAGAAUCAGAAUUAGGUUUAAUAUCACUGGCAUAUGUCAUGAAAUUGUUGUCUUUGCAGCAGCAGUACAAUGCAGUACAAAAUAAUGGAGGAAAAAAUUGUGUAUUACUGUAACUAUAUAUUUAUAUAUUAAACAGUUAAUUAAGUAGUGCAAAAAUGUAGCAAGGUUGUGUUCAUGGGUUCAGUGUCCAUUCAGAAAUCAGAUGGCAGAGGGGAAGAAACUGCUCCUGAAUCAUUGGGUGUGUGCCUUCAGGCUCCUGUACCACCUCCUUGAUGGUAGCAAUGAGAGCAGGGCAUGUCCUGUGUAAUCGGGGUCCUUAAUGAUGGAAGCCACCUUUUCUUAAAGCACCACUAAUAAUCUUGUCUUAUGUUUUCCUUCCAAAAUAGACGACCUUGUGUUUACCAAAUUUGUAUUCCAUCUAUCAGACCCUUGCCACUCAUUUAACCUAUCUAUAUAGAACAGGCACAUAUGCAAGGGGUGAUUGAUAAGUUCAUGACCUAAGAUAGAAGGAAUCAAUUUUAGAAAACCUAGCGCAUUUAUUUUUCAACAUAGUCCCCUCCUACAUUUACACACUUAGUCCAGCAGUCGUGGAGCAUACGGAUCUUGGACCUCCAGAAAGUGGUCCACAGCAGGGGUGAUUGAUAAGUUCGUGGCCUACGGUAGAAGGAGAUGAGUUAUACAGCUCUUGUUACAUGCACGUGCAGUUCAACUCUUUGAGUGAAAAUGCAGAAAGAUUGAAUUUUCUCCUCAUCUCCUACUUUAGGCCACAAACUUAUCAAUCACCCCCGCUGUGGACCACUUCUGGACACUGACUAUUACGAGGAAGGGAUCUGUAUGCUCCACAACUGCUGGACUAAAUGUGUAAAUGUAGGGAAAAUAAAUGUUCUAGGUUUUCUAAAAUUGACUCCUCCUACCCUAGGCCACGAACUUAUCAAUCACCCCUCUUAGGUAGUUAGGGUGCCUAAAAUUUUUGCACAGUACUGUAGUAAUUUUAUUUGUUGCACUGAACUGCUGCCGCAAAAAGGAACAAAUUUCGUGAUCUGUGAGUGAUGAUAAGCCUGAUUCUGAUUUGGGUCUCUACUGUGGACUGAGAGUGGGAUGGGAGCAGGGAGAAGGAAAUCAUGGUUGGGAAAAAGGGAAGGAAGAGGGAAGAGGGGAAGGAGCGGGAAGCACCUGAGAGACAUUCUGUAAAGGUCAAUAAACCAAUUGUUUGGAAUCAAAUUACCUUGCCUGAUGUCUCAGGGCUGAGGGCGUCUGCACCUGCACCACCCCCUCCCCCUGCCCUGGCAUUCCUUCUCUGCCACCUGUCCCACACCCUCCUGCGGCGCUUCAUCCUCGUGAUGCCCAGCAUCCUUUGCUCCCUCCGCAUCCUCUACACAAUUUGCUUUUCUGCGCAGUUUGGUGUUAUCUACAGCUUAACUGUCUGAUAUACUAUUGAUCUUCUGCAAAUAUUUAUGGACUCCUAAUGUACCGUUCAAUUUACAGUCAAUCCUUAUCAGCAAAGCUCAUGUUCCCAAAACCUACACCAUCGGUUUUAUGAGUCACAGCCCACAUCUCUGAGCAUCCGACGACUCAGUCAGCUCACUCUAUCAGGUCUCCUACAGUUAUCCUGGCAUCAGGGUAGGGACCUAUUAUACAUGCAGACGCAACACAUAAAACUGAGAAGUGCACAAAGUCAUCUUUAUAAUGUAAACAUGAGGAAAUCUGCAGACGCUGGAAUUUCAAGCAACACACAUAAAAAAUGCUAGUGAACACAGUAGGCCAGGCAGCAUCUAUAGUAGUGGUCACCAACCUUUUUAAGCCCAAGAUCCCCUACCUUGACCUCAGUGAAAGGCAAGAUCUACCUACUAAAUCGUUAAGAGAAAAAACAGCUCAGAUUGUACUUCCAAUUUGAGGCCUUUUAUUUGGGCAAAUUGUAUUUGAAUUACACAAAAUACUUUUGUCAAACAUUCAAAUUAAUUCAAACGAGAAAACACUGUAACUAGCAUAUCAAACAGGCCAUAGCUGUCUUUCUUUAAGAAUAUUACAAUACUUCACACCUUUAAUUCUAAGUUUCAUUGUUUAAUUUUAUUUCAAAAUGAAAAAUAAAUGAAUAAAAAUUGACGGUUGCACUCAGUGUGAUGACUGGGGCUGAACGCCUUCUGCUAGUUCCCUGAAAUUUGGCUCAUAACUACAGACAGCCAGUCUGAGACAGUCUGUGAGGCGUAGGGUUGCCAACUGUCCCGUAUUCCCCCUGCUAAGGUAGAACGUUCCUAUGAAACCUUUUGUGCCGAAAUGCUUUACGCCGAAGAAGCAAUUACCAUUAAUUUAUAUGGAAAAAAAUUUUGAGCAUUCCCAGACCCAAAAAAAUAACCUACCAAAUAACACAUAAAUCCUAAAAUAACACUAACAUAUAGUAAAAGCAGGAAUGAUAUGAUAAAUACACAGCCUAUAUAAAGUAGGAAUAAUGAAAAUUAAGCCAAAACCGAUUCGUGGGGUAAAAAAUAUCGGCAUGUAUGCGCAUGCGCACACAGGUGCCUGCGCAAGACUCCAUGGUCAUGGUAGUCUUUCUCAGGGUAAACACAAAUGUCCCGGGAUUUGACUGCUACUUUUGUCCAUUAUUUGGGAGUGAGAACGUUGGCAACCCUAGUGAGGUGUUUGUCAGUAAGUCAGCUCCUGUACUUAGAUUUAAUAAUUUUCAUCUCUGAAAAUGCAAUUUCACAUAGAUAAGUUGACCCCAAGUAGGCACUGACUUUUAGUGGUAUAAAACCAACGCGCACACCGCGCAUUGCUUGGCCUCAUCAGUAGCAAUUGCCACCAGUUUAUGAAUGGGGAUGUCAUUUUCACGGACAUAUUUUCUAAACUCGUAAAUAUCCUCACCUCUCGUUCUUUCCUUUAAUUGCAAAACAGUGAGGAAGUCCUCCUUUGUUGUAAAAUCCUGGAAAGCCAUUCUGACAAAUACAACAAGCUGAGCUGUUUGCAUUACAUCCAGGGAUUCAUCAAACUGUAGUGAAAAAUAUUCACGCCCUCUGACGGUGACUGUACCCUCCUUGUUACUGUUGCAGGUCCAAGCGGUAUAUUACAUAUUGUGGUUGUGAUGCCGUUUUUGUUUUUAAAGUCAUUAAAAACAGUCUCUGCGGUAAUGAUCAUUGCUUCCUUGAAUAAAUCGCCAUCUGUAAAAGGCUUCUUGUGUUUAGCCAAAAGGUGACUUACACGAAACGAUGCUUCAAUAGCAGCCUUAUUUUGAGCUGGAUGUUUUGUGGAAAACGAUUGCUGGGCCUUCAACCCUGAUUUCAGCUCAACUUUCCAGGCACGAAUUGCGCUCUUUGGAGGGUAGGUGUCUUUAAAUUUCUGGUGGUUGGUGUUGUGGUGCCGCUCCAGAUUCCCUCUUUUAGUCAGUGCUUGUGUUUGGUGGCACAACAUACAUACACACUUCUCUUUCACCAAGGUAAAUAGAAAUUCCUCUUCCCAUUCUGGAUGGAAUUUGUAUGUUUUCGCCUUCUUUCGUAGAGCCUCCGCUAUGCUAUCAGGAUAUCACGAGCGAUUGCCGAUUGCGUCGCCUCUGAUCUGAGCCGACACUUACGUGCCGGGCGGCACCUAAUCAAUUAGCUUGUUUAUUUUGGCUUUUUUUCUUUAAAACGUGCUGUGUGCAUCCCAACUACCGCUGCACCACUGCACGCUUCACGGCCCGGAGGUUGAGGACACUGCCGUAUAUUGAUGUUUGCGAUAUUGAUCUUAUCCCUAAUCUGAUUGGUCACUUCGACGCAGCACAGGCUACGCUGAAAACGCGGUGCAUGGCGGGGGGAUUACACACAUGCGCACUGGGCAGAAAGAACGGAACUAAACUCCCGCAACCCCGAAACAAUCUCUCUUUACAAACAGCUUUUUAGUGAAAAUAUUGCUGUAUGAGAACCCCAAAGUUCCCCCCAGCUCCCCUCCCUCCCACAUGUACGUGGAAGCGAACAACAAUCCCCUUCCCCCUGCUGGCAAAAGAAAACAAGCAUUGGCACCAUCACCGAGCACUCAAGCAGGAGCAAAGCAUUAGCAAAGACACAGACUUGCAGUUACCCCAAAGACUUGGUGUUUCACCCGGCAUUCAACAUGUCACAGGUUGUCUCCCUCCCUAAUAAGGGAGAAGGAGGUGUAGUAACAACAACCUCUCACUCAAUGUCAAUAAGACCAAGGAACUUUAGGAGAGGAAAACCAGGGGUCCAUGAGCCAGUAAUCAUCAGAGGAUCAGACGUGGAGAGGGUCAGUAACUUUAAAUUCCUGAGUGUCACUAUCUCCGAGGAACUGUCCUGGACCCAUCAUUUAAGUACCAUUGCGAAGAAAGCACAACAGCACCUCUACUUCCUCAGGAGCCUGUGGAGAUUCGGCAUGAAAUCAAAAAACUUGACAAACUUCUAUAGAUGUGUAGUGGAAAGUGUUCUGACUGGCUGCAUUAUGGCCUGGUAUGGGAACACCAAUACCUUUGAGCGGAAAAUCCUACAAAAGGUAGUGAAUUCCACCCAGUACAUCACAGGUAAAACCCUCCCAACCAAGAGCACAUCUAUAUGAAAUGUUUGCUGUAGAAAAACGGCAUCGAUCAACCUCACCACCCAGCCCAUGCUCUUUUUCUCUCUGCUGCCAUCUGGUAGAAGGUACGGGAGCCUGGGGACUCACGCCACCAAAUUCAAGAACAGUUACUCCUCAGCUAUCAGGCUCCUGAACAAAAGGGGAUAGCUAUACUCAUUUACGGACCCUUUUAUCUUGUUAUUUCAUGCUCAUUAUUAAUUGCAAUUUAUUGAUAUCUGCCUUUGCACAGUUUGUUUACAAAUUACAGUUCCUGGUAUUUACAGUUACUGUUCUAUAGAUUUGUUAAGUAUGCCCGCAAAAAAGAACCUCAGGGUUGGAUGU